AUGUCCAUCAGUAAGUUGGGUGCAAAACUUGCCUUGUCCCUUUUGACAAAUCGCAUUGAAGGCUGGGGUCGUGUGACUGUAAUGCAAGAUGGGUACCAUAAGCAUGUAAACAUUGUACUUGUGUGGUAUCUUACAGCUGUUUAUUCUGAAAGUUCUACACAUUCUCAGAAUGCUAUAAAAGUCCAAGGGGAGCCUAAUUAUAAUUCUGAAAUCAACCUACCACUGUCCGUAUGCAAACGUGGGAAACACUUAGGACACACAAACUCGAGCAGCAUUACAAACACGGUUGUUCCUAUUAAUGAAAAGAAACUGGAGGAUGUUUCAAAACUCCUCGAGAAACACUAUAGUGAGUCCUGGAGGGAACGUGAAUCCUUGUCGUGGUUCAUGACAUUACUAGGUACCAGCGGGUCAGGGGCACCAGUUGAAUCAGAAUGCCUAACAGGAGAAGAUGAAGAUAUUGUUCCUGGUAUGAUGGCGGCGCAGCCGGACGGGCCGGUGCCGUACAAGCCGGAACGGCCUCCACCGCCGGCACAGCCCCCGCAGGCGCCUCCGCCCCAGCCGCCACCUCCAUCGCAGCAGACGUCUCGCCAGGCCCCACCUCCGCAACCGCAACCUCCCCAGCAGCAAGCACAACCGCAGCAACCACCGCAACAACCACCUCCGCCGCCACCUCCCCAGCAGCAACCACCACAGCAGCCACCUCCUCCACCUCAACAGCAGCCACCUCAGGCACAGAUCGAGUACUUGCCCCCACCUUCGCAGCCUCGUAACCGAAUUUCAUUGUUGCAUCCUCAGGAGUUCCUCAGGCCCCUGCCACAGGGGGCACGCCUCCAACCUCCGUAA